CAAACUUUGGACUUCUAGCACUGUUGAGACAAAAUGCAUGAUUAUUACCGGCGGAUUAUAAUGUACACACUAUAACGCUAUGAUCGAAUAAAAAAUCAAACACAAUGAUAAUAUUUACAAAACUUUAAUCAUAUAAAAUGUUGUGGUAUAUUAAGUUCAAAGAAGUGUAGUUUCUUUGAAGUUCCUCCUUUAUUGACCGACCCUCUUAGAAUUCAAACUUCCAUUCUUGUACUCUUUCAAUACUUAAUCACAAGCUUGUCUCUUCCAAUUCUCCAAAUCUAGCCAUGGCUGCAAGCUCAGAAAUACAAUGCCUUCCCCCGGAGAUAAUUCUCCAAAUAAUCUCAAAGCUUCCCAUAUCAUCUCUAUUUCAAGUCAAGUACGUAUGCAAAGCUUGGCACAACUUGGCUCAAGACUCUCGUUUUCUUGAUCUCAUCCUUAAGCGCUCACCAGAAGAAAGCGAAUGCCUUGUCAUGCAUUCCAACAGUCUAGCCAAGAACCAGAUUUUCUUAGUCGAUUAUUCCGAGUUGUUAUAUUGUGACAAAGAGACCCAGUUAAUGAACAUUCAAUCGUCCUUUUGUUCUUCAUCGCCGGAAUUUGAUGUGGUAAGCUCAUGCAAUGGCUUACUUUGUUUAUUAUGUGAUAAUUCGUUGACUAACAAUGGUGUGUUACGCAUAUACAAUCCGUUAACCGGCGAAUACAAAGCUCUUCCUAAUACUACUUCUUUUCAUGAUCCAACCCAAUAUGUGGUCUACGGAUUCGGAUUCAAUCCCAUAACCAAUGAAUACAAAGUUGUUAAGAUCAUCUACUAUUGGCCAGCUCAAGAGGAAGAAGAUGAUGAUUAUCUUGGCCUAAUGAGUUUCUCUUUAAGAGUAUCAGAAGUUAAAGUAUUAAGUUUGGGAAGCUCCUCGUGGAGAUGUUUGGGAAGAACAUCUUACUACCUUGAUGAUUGGCCUGGCCAGGCUGUAGUCAAUGGAAGAAUUCACUGGGAGACUUGCCAGCAGAGAGACUUUCCGCACCGCGAUAUCAUCUCCUUCCACCUUGAAGACGAGCAAUUCAGGGAGGUUCCAAAGCCUGAUGAUCUUCUUCUUCUGAAAUGUGAUCAUUUGUCAAUCUUAAGAGGUUGUCUUUCGGUUGGUUUGUGUGUCAAUUAUGGGAAAUUAGAGAUUUGGGUUAUGAAGGAGUAUGGUGUGAAGGAAUCUUGGGUCAAAGAAUUUAACAUAGCAAGUUAUGUUCCAAAGUCAUUAUUGGGACAAGAAAAAGAGGAACAAUCCUGUAGGAUUUCCUGUAUCGCAAAAAAAGCUAGUUUUGAUCGGGUUUUGUCGGAGUUAAGGAGCGGGGAGAUCUUGAUGGAGCACCAUGGUAAGUCUUUGGUUCUUUAUGAUCCAAAAACUCAAAGUUUUAAGGAUAUCCAGUUUAAGGGUAUGCCAACCUUGUUUGAUACAGUAGCACACGUUGCAAAUUUCAAUCAGAUUGGUACCCGUUUAGGUAUCUGAAUUGUACGAAACUUAAUGUCAACUGUUGGCCAAGAUUUUAUUAUUAUUAUUUUGUUUUUUGUUUUGAGGGUGGAACUGUUGGUCAAGUUUAGUGCUUGUAAUAAAAUGGUUUUGUAACAAUAAAUGUACGACAAAUAUUUAAUUAAUGGAAGAAUUCUAUUGUAAUUUUACUUUUCAAAAUUUGACUAAACAAACAAAUAGUGUAGUUCCUCUCGGCUUUAAUCGGCCACAGCCACCAAAAAUGAUAUUCAAAUAUCUUGAAAAUAUCGAGUAAAUUGAUUGAACAUUGUUUUGGAUAUUAUUGAAUGCCAGAUUUUCAAUUUUGAAUUCAACCUCCAUAUUUGCUUUGUAUGUUGUGCUAUCCACAACUAUAUUAGAAUAUACACUAUAUUAAUGAUAGAAUAUUUG